GAGCAGACUGACUCAGCAGCAGUCUUGACUACAACCCUGCGCUAAAUAAUAUUUUAAGUUUCAUUUUUAUUUUGCAAGGCGUGGUUGGAGUUGCUCCUGAGUUGUGUGCCAUUAUAGCCUGAGAUGCGUUUCCGUUUUACCUUUCAGGAUUAUCAUAUGUGACGGCAAACGCACACGCUACCGCUUGGUGGAAUGUACCUUUAUUGUGAAGUAGCCGCAGGUUCCGGAUGAAAGCGGCGACCAUCAGCUGAUCUCACAGCUGAGCUUUGGUGUGUGAUUCUUUAGGGUCGGCUUCCAGACCACGACAAGGACACCGUCGGUAAAGGAGCUGAAAGUCGUCAGGAAGUCAGACUAUUCCAAGGUUUACGGACGGUACCGACAUGGCCCCGACACUGUAUGAUGAGAAGCCAGAGCCUGGGGACUUGAUUGAGAUUUUCCGGGGGACCUAUCAGCACUGGGCGGUGUAUGUUGGCGAGGGCUUUGUUGUUCACCUGGCACCACCCUCGGAGGUUGCGGGUGCAGGCUCCAGCAGCAUGAUGUCGGUACUGUCUGAGAAGGCCAUAGUGAAGAAAGAGGAGCUCUGGGAUGUGGUCGGGCUAGACCAGUGGAAAAUCAGCAACAGCCUGGAUGACAAGUACACACCUCGUCCGGUUCACAUCAUUGUAAGAGAGGCCUGUUCCCUGGUGGGCAGGGAGCUGCCGUACUGCGUCUUCAGGGGGAACUGUGAGCACUUUGUUAAUGAGCUGCGCUAUGGCAAGUCCGAGUCCCGGCAGGUGCGUAAGGCGGGAGAAACCGUCAUGUGGACAGGCAUCGCUGCAGCCGUCAGUCUGGGUGUCGUGGCUAUGGCGGGAGCUCUGUUUGGAGGCAACAAAAAACAAAAGGAGGACACACAGUGAUUGGGGUCCGUGGUCGCCUGCUCAGGGGGCUUGAUUAACGAUUCACCAGCGAAGCCUAACUGAUACUCAACGUGGUCAGUCACAGAUGACACUGCCUAAUCUACAUGCAAACAUCUGGGACUUUGAAGGAAAUGUGUCCCUCAUGCUUUCUUAGGCUUUUUAAAUUUUCUACAGACAGCACAAGUUCAUCAAACACGAGCUACUAAUGAAAGUGCCAAGAGGAAAUAUAUUUAAAUGAUUUGAUAUGAAAUUAAGAAGGUGGCUGUGUAAUGAAUGUGGAGAUGGCAAUAUUUUCUAAUUAUAAAAAGAUAAAAAAUGCUUUACUUAUGAAUCAAUUAUCUUCCACUAUAUGAAUCAACUGUAAAUGCGUUUAGUCAAAAUGGGACUUCAGCCAUUAGCCAAUACCUAAUAAGCUAAUUAAUAUGUUUAGGAUCUAAAUUAUUUAAACAGUCUAAAUGUCUAAUGUGUGACCUUUAAUAAGUUCAUGUGAUGGAAGUGUUCCUACAUCUCACACAAAUAACAUGAUAUACUUAUUGUCUUCCUCUGAUAUUAAACUGUUUGUACAUGUUUGUAAUAAAGAGUAAUUUGUGUGAAA